AUGGAAUUCUUGGAUUGGCAUCACUUUCAACGCGAUCACAACCAUACAUCCGAAUUCCCACCCAACUAUCUGAUUCACGAAAAGUACCAUGAGACGUGGCAUGGCUUUUUCCAAAAUUCGACCGACUACUUUGAAGGCAAAAUGACGUGCGAUUGUCGUCGAUCCGAACAAUUCUCGCCCUAUUACGAACUGGAAGAUCGCUAUUAUGCCAAUGUGGAAGGAAGCUUGUGGGCCACCUACAUUCAAGGGUACGGCGACUAUUACGCUCAUGGCCGCUACAUGCCAAAGGAUAUCCGGCAAGCACACGUAUCCCCGGGAGAUGGACCCAACAAGGACACGACACCCUUCCAAUGGAACUACGAAGGAAAGAACUGGGACAAGUUAUUCACCGAAUUUGCGGCCCAGCUAGAACCACGGCCCACCAGUAUUGUCUUGAAUGCCGGACACUGGCCCCACCAGGGCAUCACAAGGAAUAUGGAAUCCAUCUUGCGAGCCGUAAGGGAGGUCAUUGGAUGGGAUGCUGGUCAUCAUGUCAUUUAUCGGGCCACGGUCAAGUCACAGUAUGGUCCCGUGCAACUGUCGAGUGCCGACCAAGCAGCACGCGAUUGGAGUUUGCGCAUGCCCGGGAUCCUGUUCCAACCCUUUCCUCCUGCCUUGGCGACCAGUUUGACUCCCGAGGAUUACUUUGACGACAAGCAUUUUGCACACGCAAGAACCUAUCGACAAUGGAACCAGGAUCUGGUCCAAGCGUUAACAAUACCCGCUACAAAAGUGCAUCGAGUGUUUAUUCUCUCGGGAGCCGUCCGAACCUUGCAACUCACCAAGGAAUCCUUACUGCACCAUUGGAUGUUACCUCUCUGUCCUCCGUCUACGUGCGUGGCACACUUGGUCACACACUUUAGUUAUACCGACAAUCGACCCAAUCCACGCGCCAGUGAUCCACGAGGCAGUGUCGUCGAGUCCAGUAGUACGGCGAAUGAUGGCAGUCGCUUACAUUUUCAAAAUCACAGUUUCCCGGAGGGAUACCUGGUACUACACCCGGUGGAGGAUGGGUACAACAUUGGAUCCCAGGAAGAAAAAGACGCCAUGGAUCUGGUGGAACGAGAAACGGGAGGAACACUGGCUGCCAAAAUGAGAAUCUUUCGCGUGGGAGAUCCUCGUCGUUACUCCAUGUGGUUUGCGCGGGCAUGGACGUGGCGUCAUGUGCAACAAUCCAUCGUCCCAAACCUGGAAGGCUUGGUCGACUUUUAUGCCUUUACGCGGCCCGAUAUGCUCUACAUGAUACCCGUACCCACGGUCAACUUCUUUCGGGAAUUCCGCCAACGCGACCAGGAGGAGGUGUGGGUGCAUGACACUUAUUAUGCCGUAUAUGCCGACACAUUUGCCUUCUUCGAAACCAAAGAAGCGGGGGACAAGUAA